CUCGUCCUCUUCCCUAGAAUCCUUACCGGCUACAGCUGUUACUCUGCGCACAGAAUUAUCGACAAUGGCUGAUCCUUCGAAGGCAGAGACGGAACAGGUAUUCAAGGUGCUCAAGUCGCAGAAGGCGAACAAGAUGUGUUUUGAUUGCCAAGCUCGAAAUCCGACAUGGUCGAGUGUUACGUUUGGCGUAUAUAUCUGUUUAGACUGCUCGAGUGUGCACCGUAAUAUGGGUGUUCACAUCAGUUUUGUGCGGUCCACUAAUUUAGACAGCUGGCAACUAAACCAGCUGCGUACUAUGAAAGUUGGAGGCAAUGCGUCUGCGACAGAAUUCUUUACUCGGCACGGAGGAUCUGCGCUCCUCAGCGACUCGGACACGAAGCGGAAGUACACGAGCAGAGUUGCGGAGCUGUAUAAAGAAGAACUCGCGAGACGCGUCAAGGAGGAUGCUACGAGAUUCCCUGAUCGGAUAUUCGUCGAGGGGAUGGCUGAUGUCGUUGUUCCUGCUGCCAGCAAAGCCGAGGCGGGUGAUGACGACGAUUUCUUCUCAUCCUGGGAUAAGCCCAAAGCUGCGACGCCUCAACCGACUCCGACUGCGUCCAAACCCCCGACGAUUGGCCGGACGACAACGCCAGCAUCCCGGACGGUCACAUCGUCUUCUCUGCGAUCCAACUCAACCUCGAGCACCGCCAACCGGCCUGCGAAGCUCGGAGCCUCCCGCCUGAAUUCCGCAGGAUCGGCCGUAUCGCUGUCCACUCCCGCCGCGUCUGCGCCAAAAAAGUCGAAACUCGGCGGGCUCGGCGCGAAGAAGGCAGCGGCACCGCUCGACUUUGAGGAAGCGGAGAAGAAGGCCGCGGAGGAGGCUGAGCGGAUAAAGCAGCUGGGGUAUGACCGGCAGAAGGAGAAGGAGGAAGAGGAGCGGAGGAAGAGGGAGGCGGACUUGCUCGAGGCGGCGGCGGCGAAGAUGAAGGCCAUGGAGUUGAAUACCAAGGCGGCGACUGGCGGGACGGGUGGAGGACUCGUCAGUCCCAAAGGCAACGGCAUUGGCAAUGAACGGCUCGGGAUGGGCAUGAAGCGGUUAGGAUUCGGCGGGAUACCGGUCGCAGCGGCUGUCGCGGCAUCAUCGUCUAGGAGCAGUUCGGUGCUGGACGACGCGCCCACAACGGCUCGGGAUAAAUUCGGAAAUCAGAAAGCCAUCUCGUCCGACAUGUUCUUCGGCCGGGGCUCGUACGACCCAACGGCGGUCAGUGAGGCACAGCAGCGGCUGCAGGCGUUCCAGGGUGCGACGUCCAUCUCGUCCAACCAAUACUUCGGGCGGGACGAGGAGGACGAGAUGGCCGCGAGUAUGAGUCAAGAUGGCGCGCUCUUGGGCGACGGCAGUCUUGCUGGCUUGGAAGUGGCAGCGCGUGAUGCCAUCGCCAAAGUCUUGGCCAACCCAGAUGUGCAAAGUGCCGCCGAGAGUAUCAGGUCGGGCGCUUUGAAAUUGUCCGACUACCUUGCCCAGAUGUCGGAGCGGUGAUUCUUGGCUGUGUUAUUUCAUUUGUGUUCUCAGUAGUAGGAUAGGGUUUGUGUGGAUUAUAUCGAUUAUAGUAGGCUGUCUGUCUCGUC